CUUCUCACUAGGUAGUGGCAAUGGCAUGGAAAUGGCCAAGCGUUCUUCCUCUAGGGUUUUGACCAUUGCGCAGCGCUGCCAUGGAUGACGACGCCACCACCGACGAUGCCUCUCGCGGCUGCUGCUGCUGAUGCUGCUGCUAGACUAGGUAGCUCUCCUCCCGGCUCGGGAUCUCUCCACGGCAAUUCGGCGAAUUCGCGCGAUCGGGGUUUGUGCUGGAAUUCUCGCAGGAUUUAGGUCUCUUUUGCGAAGAAUGAGAAGGAUCUGGGGGGAUCAGUGAUGGAGGAGCGCGUUUAUCAGAGCUGGCAAGGCAGCAAUAAAUUCUUGUUCCACGGGCGCCUAAUUUUUGGACCAGAUGUGAGAUCGCUGCUCGUCACGCUGUUUCUCCUCAUCGGCCCCGCGGUGAUCUUUUGCGUCUUCGUCGCCAGGGACCUGCUCGAUAGAUUUAGCAACAAUGGUGGGAUCGCAAUCAUGGUCGUGAUGGUCGUCUACACAGCCUAUAUUUUGGUGUUGCUUCUCCUGACCUCUGGAAGGGAUCCGGGGAUUAUCCCCAGGAACGCUCACCCUCCAGAGCCAGAGGAAGACGCGGAGGAUUGGACGCCCCGUCGACCCGCUAGGACGAAAGAUGUCAUAGUUAACGGGGUUGCGGUGAAAAUAAAGUAUUGUGAUACGUGCAUGCUCUAUCGGCCUCCCCGGUGUUCUCACUGUUCCAUCUGCAACAAUUGCGUGGAGCGCUUUGAUCACCACUGCCCCUGGGUUGGCCAGUGCAUUGGACAAAGGAACUACAGAUUCUUCUUCAUGUUCGUCUCGUCGGCCACGCUGAUGUGUGUGUAUGUUUUUGCGAUGUGUGCGCUGGAGAUCAAGUUUGUCAUGGACGACCACCAGAGCUCGGCGUGGAAAGCCAUGAGAAAGUCGCCCGCGUCCAUUGCUCUCAUGGCUUACACGUUCGUCGCCGUGUGGUUUGUGGGGGGCCUCACGCUCUUCCACCUUUACCUCAUCGGUACAAACCAGACGACUUACGAGAACUUCCGCUACCGCUACGACAAUAAAGUCAAUCCUUACAAUCUAGGCGUGGUAGACAACUUCCGCGAGAUCUUCUUUUCCAAGAUUGCUCCCUCCAAGAACCACUUUCGGGGUAAAGUAACGACGGAAAGCUCAGGACAGGGACAAGGAGCGAGACAGCAAAUGGCGGUUACUCCCACGGCGACGUCUCUAAAGUCUGCUGGCUCGGAUUUGGAAGGAGGGGUGAAGCCGGCAUGGCCAGAGCGAGUAGCUCUUCCAACCAGCAACAGCGGCGGCGAAGUUUCGUCCGAUGAUCCGGGAAGAGUGAGCAAUGGUGGUGACAUCGGUCUGGAUAUCAAGAACGGGACAUUCUCGCGAGCUCCUCCUGCUCCUGCUCCAGCAGUGGCCGGCAGCAGCGCACUACACCCGAGAAGAUCUAGCUGGGGACGGAAGAGUGGAAGCUGGGAGAUCACUCCGGAUAUUAUGGCUCUGGCUGCCGGCGUUGGCGGUAGAGAUGAAGAAGGGCGAGCGAAUGGAGCUGCGAGUAAUCCUCAAACGACGACGAACAGAUGAGACGAUGGAGGAGUGAGAAGGGAGGAGGCGAGUCCCUCUCUUGUGUAAGUUAUUUUUCCGGUUUGCUGUUAUUAACUGUCACGAUUGAUUUGCUCGGGAACCUCUCAGGUAUCUCUAUUUUUUCAUAGCUUUUAGAUGUGGGAGCGCGAUUGUCGAGCUAAGUUUUCGUCCAAAAACUGACUCUUGAUCGAUCGAUGAUGCUUUUUAUAUAGCUAUAUUCUUUCUCUCGA